AUGGACCACAACUACUGGAACGUCGACGCCUUUAUUGCCGACUCACAAAAGCUGCCAUGCAUCUUCAAUAUCGACGUACCCAACAUGGGUCAGAUACAGUCAACCGAGGAACGCGAUAUCAAGGCCCUCUCCCGCAUAGAGCUUCCCUUCUGGCUCGCCGAACUUAUGGCUCUCAAUAAUAUCGUCUCGAUCAACAAGCCGAAAUCCUUCUCAUCAAGAGUCAAGGGGGCUCUUGAUGCCAAUCCGACCUCGGUUCAAUUACGACAUCAGAACAUCCACUGGUAUGCGCUCGGCGCACGUCUGGCUCAACUAAUGGACGACGACGACACAGAGAUGCAAGGACUCUCGAAAGCGUACAUCGGCCGCAUAUCGCAAGUCUUCCAACAAUCGCAGCAUCUCUCGACAGCCUCCUCAUCAACAGCUUCGGCGUCUGCGGGUGGAGACAGCGACGAAAGGGGCUUUGCAACAGCACAGGCGAUCGCGGCAAUGGUUUCAGACGGUCCAACGCUGGGUAUGAGCGCUGGCAAUGCGAUCAGCGCAGAGAUCACCGAGUUCUUGCAAGGCAUGGAGGAGUCAGAGAGAGUCUUGUUGAGGAACGGUCAGGAGGGAGCGAGGAUGAUGAAGGACUUCCUCGCUGGUAGCCAUUGA